CCAGCGUUUCACCUCGAUAGUGACGUAAGUCAUUGUUUUGUUGCUGCCAUUGCGAAUGUUCAAAACAUUGGACUAUCGGAUUCCUGCCUCUUCCUCUAACUCAUAUCCAUCUUGAUCCAUUGAGCCGUGUGGUCACCAAUCCCUCCUCGCCAUACAAGCAGCCAUCUCCGCAUCCUCGAGCACAAAGACCACAACCACAUACCGAAACAUGUUCAACUCAUCCUUCUCAUACUCGUCAGAGCAACCGUUGUCAAGAGCGGCCUCCGACAACAUCGCACUCAAGCUCAUGCACGAUGUGGAUAUUAUCAUGCAUCUGAAUCCGGAUUGUAAGGGACUCAAACUCGUGUCGGACCCAUCAGCAAUGCCGCAAGAAUACAAGGUCGAAGACAGCCUAGCAUUCGUACCGAAGAAGCUAUGGAGCGGAGGUGUCUGGUACACAGCUUUCUUCCAACCUGUCGAGGAUGGUUGCGACAUUACAAUCCAAGCCCCCGGUGGCUUCAACUCGACCAACAAAUGGCGAUUGGUCAAGAAAGCGGACGGGACACGAAGUAUUGCAAUUACUAGCGAUGCAAAGUGUAGCAAGACGUUCGCCUACUUUGUCAAGAAGUUUCUAGAGAGUCAGCAUGGUCAACUACAGCGCACUUUCAACGAACGGGUCGAGUCAGUCGCAAGGCCAGGAAUACCUCGACGCAGGUCGUCGAUGCCUGGAUCAUUCAGAACCAUGGGCAGUGCUCGAGACAUGGUAGCUGUAUAGAAACGGAACAAUACGCAAAUUAUUGAUGUAUAGCAGGCUUGCAUCAGGCGGCGAUGAAUAUUUGUCGAGAGGGAGGUUUUCUGGAA